AUGGUCUUCUUGAAGACGGGCCUCGAAGUUAAGGAGAGUACUCAAACGGCCGAAUUAAUCAAGAACAACAACAAUCAGGAGCUGCGUCUCGAGCCAACCGAAACUGGCCUAUUGAUCGACGCGAACAAGGACAUACCUUCUGAGGGCUACGAUACGACUGGUCCGAUGCCCGAAAUAGUGUGCACUUCCGAGCGGGAACGGACUGACGACGUGCGUUUUUGUUCUCCGACGCAAUUGUGAAAUGGCUCUAGCGGCGCGGAUUUUCGAAAUUUACUCGCUGCCCCCGCUAAGUUUUGGCGCCGAAUCUGAUUUUUCGGAAGUUUUCAAAUAUCACAGAAUUCCACGGUCUCCAGAGCUGACAAUGGGCGCAAGUGCGCCGCGCCCCGCCCAAUAGAGCGAUACAUUGGCGCGAAAUUCAAAUUUUGACAGCAAAAUUUGUGUUUUUUGCCAGAUUAGCCACGAAAAACCGAUAAUUUCUCAUUAGUCUCUCGAUAGACCGAUUGUAUAGGCUAUUACGAAUUUAUUAAGCGCAAGAGCGUCAAAUUUGGUCAAGUCGCAAAUCACAUUUAUCCGUUUGAGGGUUUUUGGCUAAAACUGCGUGAAUUUCAGUUGCUUUUCGGUAGUUUUCGCGGUUCGAGCGCUCAAAAUGCUUGUAUUUACGUGAUUUAUCAUUCUCAAAACCAAUCUGUCUGAAAACGGCCAAGAAAGCGCGCAAAAUGAGAAGUGCGGUUUUCGGCGGCGAAGGCGAAAAAGCAAAGUCCGCGAAAAAUGCGCCAAAACGUCAUUAAUUCUGAGAAUUAGUGUGUUUUCAUGUCGAACAAUCAUUUUUCAACGACGUUGACCAUAAAAAUCAGAGAAAACGUGCUCAAUUCAUGAAAACGCCAUGAAAACAGCUCUGGAGACUGUGGCGCGUAAAAGUGAGAAUUGUUCUUCAUCAUUAUUUUCAGGAAAUCAUACGGACGUCGCUUCAAUUCUGUCCUUGGUACCAUGGGAUGAUGUUCAGCAAUGUGACCAAAAGUAUUCUCAAGUGGGACAAUUCGUACCUGGUGCGUCGAGCCAUCAUCAAGCAAACCAACAAAAUGUUGUGUCUAUCGUUGAAAGUCGACGAAAAAUACUUUCACUAUCAAUUGAUUUGCGAUGGAGACGGAUGGACUUGUCCGAAGGUUUCUUUUUCAGUGAAACUGACUGAUGAAUCUAUUCAGCCGAGUAUUUUACUGGUUUUUAACGCAAAAAAACCCUUUUCAAAUGAGGAAAAACCGGGACAAUUUAAAUAGCCGCCCGGUUGUGUUUAAAGGCUCAUGCCUUUAUUAUCACGGGUCUCGCAACGAACGGGGUUUGCACACAGGAAAAAAGCUCUUCCCCGCGGUUUUUUCCUCAUUUGAAUAGGGUUUUUUGCGUAAAAUACCAGUAUUUUACUGGACUGAGCAAUUCAAAGACGUCAAUGUGUUUAGCUUUACGAAAAGUUUCCUCAAAUGGAAUCGAAGAAAUACGCGCACCUCAUCCAAUUGCUCGAUGCGUGGUCUCUCAUCACCAACCACAUUGUGCCCGUGCCUCGCUCCAAAAUUGUGCUCUAUCAUGAGAGCAUCAAUCUGAUACACAAACUCGGCUCCGGUGCUUUUGGCGAAGUUUUCAAAGCCUCGUUUUUGCCGAAAGACGCGACGGAAGUGGUCGAAGUGGCGGUGAAAAGGACGCUGGGAGAAGCGAAAAGGGAGCACAUUCAGGAGAUGUGCCACGUGAGCAGGAUUACUGUCGCUCCGAUUUGAUUAGUGUACUUUAGGAGGCUCGAGUGAUGGGCAUCCUCAAUCAUCUCAACGUGGUCGCCUUGUACGGAAUCGCCUCGCUUCAACUGCCGAUGAUGUUGGUGAUGGAGCUGGUGACGGGAGGAGAUCUCAAGGUUACUCUACUUCGCGUCGCUACCGUAACCCUUUUGCAUGCUUCAGAAGUACCUGCAGACGACUGCGAACAUUCCGAACAAGCAAAUCUUCUCGUUCGCCCUCGACAUUGCGCGUGGAAUGAGUCAUUUGGCGAAACAAAAGGUGAUCCAUCGAGAUUUGGCCGCCCGAAACUGUCUGAUCACUCCCACGCUCUUGUGCAAAAUCUCGGAUUUCGGACUCUCGGUCAUCGGCACAGAAAUGGUUGUGAAGAGUUUGAAAAAGGCGCCGAAGCGGUGGCUUGCCCCCGAAACGUUCAACAAAGGCAUCUUCAACGAGAAGACGGACGUGUGGAGCUACGGAGUUGUGCUCACGGAGCUCAUGACUCGAUGCGCCCAUGAUCCAUUGCAUCCGCUGGGUUUGAAGGAGGCCGAGAAGAGGAUCAAAGACGAAGAGAACCCGCAUCGAAUCGAUCACGGAGAGCCCCGCGAACUGGCCAUGUUGGUGGAUUGUUGCUGUGCAAAGGUGUGCCUUCUUUUCUGCAAACCCCGAGGAGAAUUUGUGUAAUUUUCAGGCUCCGGAGAAGAGAUUUACGUUUUCGUCGGUGAAACGACGCGUCGCUCAAAUGUACGAGAGGAGCCAGAGUCCGAACGCCGUCACGACGCCCGUGAAAAUGCAAACGGCGCGAAGAGUAGGAGAAUCGAAGCGUCCACAAACUCUUCAUUCUUUUUCAGGGAAAAACGCUGGAAGAGAAGCGGAGCCAAGGAUUUGUGAACGGCCGAAAACCGUCGAAAACGACGUUGACGCGCAAAAAGUCAAAGGAUCGGAAGCAGUGUACGAAGGGAGUCGGAUCGUUUCGAAGAGAAAAGUCGAGGGGCAAGCUGCCGGCGGGAAUGAUGCUCAAUUCGCCGCACAAGUGA